CGUUUUACAUAGAGUUGAAGCAAAAGCUUGUGGAAUUCUAAGAUUAUCACCUGAACAAUAUAUUAAUUCUAAGCUGAUUAUUCUUACGGCUGCAAAAGAAUAUAAAGAAAGGUCCAUUCCAUUUAGAAAAGUAGACGCACAAAGAUUGGUUAGAAUAGACGUGAAUAAAGCUUGUAAACUUUGGGAAUUCUUUUCACAAGCUGGAUGGAUUCACAAUUAA